UAAACCCGUGUUUUCCAUCUCUCUCUCUCUCUCUCGUUCGACCGCACGCUUCGACCUCGAUCUCCUCCUUCUUCGAUGGAUUGAAGCUCUCGUCUCGCUGGAAUCCUUGUUCUCCAUGGCAGUUGAAGGAUCGGAUAGAGAGAACGGUGGGCGACUCGUGAAAUCCGACUCGACGGAGUUCCGAUGGGUGGCACGGGACCGGGAGGAGUUCGAUGCGGAUGUCGAUGAGUCGCCGUCGAGGACGGGUUUCGAUUCGGAGGAUGAUGAGAACGGCGAGCAGCGCCUCAUCCGGACUGGACCUCUCAUUGAUUCGUUUGAUGUUGAGGCCCUUGAGGUCCCCGGUGCCCUCCGGAAUGAUUACGAGGAAUUUAACUUGGGCAGGAACCUUGUGCUUAUGCUCCAAACACUUGGAGUGGUGUUUGGGGAUGUUGGGACUAGUCCAUUGUACACCUUUGAUGUGAUGUUUAACAAAUACCCUAUCAGUUCAAAGGAAGAUGUUCUUGGAGCACUCUCUCUGGUCAUAUAUACUCUUAUCUUGAUACCGCUGGUCAAGUAUAUUAUGAUUGUUCUCUGGGGAAAUGAUGAUGGUGAAGGGGGAACGUUUGCUUUGUACUCAUUGAUAUGUAGACAUGCAAAGGCCAGUCUUCUUCCAAACCAAUUGCCUUCAGAUGCUCGGAUUUCGAGUUUUCGUCUAAAAGUUCCAUCUGCAGAACUAGAGAGGUCUCUAAAGAUAAAGGAGCGGUUGGAAGCAUCGAUAACAUUGAAGAAGCUUCUUCUUAUGUUGGUACUUUUUGGUACUUCCAUGGUGAUUGCAGAUGGAGUUGUCACCCCGGCAAUGUCAGUCAUGUCAGCUGUGAGUGGCCUCAAGGUUGGAAUAGACAGUGUUCAACAAGAUGAAGUUGUUAAGAUUUCAGUAGGUUUUCUUGUCAUAUUGUUCAGUGUGCAGAGGUUUGGAACAAGUAAAGUUGGGCUUGCAGUUGGCCCUGCUUUGUUCAUAUGGUUUUGUUCCCUUGGAGGCAUUGGUAUCUAUAACCUCAUGAAAUAUGGAACAACAGCUUUGAGGGCAUUUAACCCUGUUUACAUCUAUUACUUUUUUGAGAGAAAUACAACUCAGGCCUGGAUGUCUCUUGGAGGUUGCCUUCUUUGUGCAACAGGGUCUGAAGCAAUGUUUGCUGACCUUUGCUAUUUCUCUGUAAGGUCUGUUCAGCUUACAUUUACAUUUCUGGUUCUGCCUUGUCUUCUGCUGGGUUACGUUGGUCAGGCUGCAUUCCUCAUUGAAAACCAAACCACAGCUGAGCAGGUCUUCUUUUCUUCUAUUCCAGGUGCGGCAUUUUGGCCAGUCCUAUUCAUAGCCAAUAUAGCUGCACUGAUUGCGAGUCGAGCAAUGACAACUGCCACAUUUUCAUGCAUAAAGCAAUCAACAGCCCUAGGUUGUUUUCCUCGCCUCAAAAUCAUUCACACAUCUCGAAAGUUCAUGGGACAGAUAUACAUUCCUGUUAUAAACUGGUUUCUUUUGAUUGUUUCUCUGGCAUUUGUGGCCACUUUCGGAAGCAUAAAUGAGAUUGGGAAUGCGUAUGGCAUUGCCGAGCUUGGAGUGAUGAUGAUGACAACCAUCUUAGUGACUAUCAUAAUGCUUCUGAUCUGGCAUAUUAAUAUCAUCAUUGUGCUCAUCUUUGUCUGUUUUUUCCUGGGUUUGGAGUUAAUCUUAUUCUCCUCAGUUUUAGGCAGUGUAGGCGAUGGAAGCUGGGUCUUGCUGGUUUUUGCAGCAGUUUUAUUUUUUAUCAUGUACAUAUGGAAUUACGGCAGCAAACUGAAGUAUGAAACUGAAGUGAAACAGAAGCUUUCAAUGGAUUUGCUGACAGAGUUGGGUUGCAACCUUGGUACCAUUAGAGCCCCUGGCAUUGGGUUGGUAUACAAUGAACUUGUCAAAGGAAUUCCUGCAAUAUUUGGUCACUUCUUGACUAGCCUUCCAGCAAUUCAUUCUAUGAUCAUAUUUGUAUGCAUAAAAUAUGUACCAGUUCCAGCUGUGCCACAGAGCGAAAGGUUUCUCUUUCGACGAGUUUGCCCAAAAAGCUAUCACAUGUUCCGUUGCAUUGCCAGGUAUGGUUACAAGGAUGUGAGGAAGGAAAACCAUCAGACAUUUGAACAGCUUCUUAUUGAGAGUCUUGAGAAGUUCAUUCGACGGGAAGCUCAAGAGCGUUCUUUAGAGAGUGACGAGGAUGCUGACACUGAUGCUGAAGAGGAGGCGUGCUCAAGAUUUCUUAUUGCUCCCAAUGGGAGUGUUUAUUCUCUUGGUGUUCCUCUUCUAGCUGAUUAUAGCUGCAUUGAAAAGCCAAGUUCUGAAGCAAGUACUUCAUCCCCUGAAGUUCGAGAUGAGAUUACAGCCGAUGCCAGUCAGAGCCUUGAAAGGGAGCUCUCCUUCUUACAUAAGGCCAAGGAGUCUGGUGUGGUAUACCUCCUUGGACAUGGCGACAUUAGGGCCAGGAAGGACUCUUGGUUUAUCAAAAAGCUGGUUAUAAACUAUUUCUAUGCAUUCUUGAGAAAGAAUUGCAGGCGAGGAAUUGCUACUUUGAGUGUUCCCCACACAAACUUGAUGCAGGUCGGCAUGACUUACAUGGUAUGAUAAUCGUCCAUCAUGUGAAAAGCAAGGAAUUAUCAGUAUAUUGUGUAUCAAGUAUAGCUGGUGCCUGGUUCACUAAUCUAUGAUUAGGGAUCAUAUAAUUGGUCUUUGAGAACUGACAGGAAGUGAAAUAUAGCAUAUGGAAGAGACUUGGAAAAAGAAUUAAUUUUGUGUGCAUGGCCGGCAACAGUGGGAAAAAGGAUUUCUGUGCUUGGGCAAGAUAUUAUUCCUACUUCUCAGUUAGUGGCUUUUCAAGUAUUCUUGACAUCAGUUGUGGCUUCUCCUUGUAACUAAUUAUCUUCCAUUUGUUCCAGGAAAUAGAGCUAAUCAGUGAUGUUAAAACUACCUUCGUGAAGCUUUAUGGACCGCAAGAACUAGCACUGGUUCAGGUUUUGUUAUACUAUUUAGAAAGCAUGAUUGAUCUGAAAUUUCUGAUAUUGAAACCUUUUUUUUUCUUUGUUUUUUGAGGCAUGUUCUUUUUUUCACUGUCACAAAA